UGCUGUGGAGCCGCAGUUCGGCCGGGAGGGUGUGAGGGCGGUUAUGGCAGCCACGUUCUUCGGGGAGGUGGUGAGGGCGCCGUGCCGAGCCGGGACGGAGGACGAGGAGGAGGAGGAAGAGGAGGGGAGGAGGGAGACGCCCGAAGACGGGGAGGUCCGGCAGCAACUGGCGCGGAAGAGCAUUUUUGUCAUCAUUCAUCAUGAAUUCAGGAGUCUGGGAAGAAGUUGGUUGUGCUAAACUCUGGAAUGAAUGGUGUAGGACAGUGGACACUACACACCUGUCCCCCACAGAGGCUUUUUGUGUGUUUUAUCACCUAAAAUCGAAUCCCUCGGUUGUGCUCUGUCAAUGUAGUUGCUACGUUGCUGAAGAUCAGCAGUAUCAGUGGCUGGAAAAGGUUUUUGGCUCUUGUCCAAGGAAGAAUAUGCAAGUAACUAUUCUUACAUGUCGACAUGUUACUGACUAUAAAACUUCAGAAUCUACCAGCAGUCUUCAUACUCCUUUCCUGAAAGCCCUAAAAACACAGAAUUUCAGAGAGCCUCCUUGCUGUUCACUGCUAGAACAACCAAAUAUCGUGCAUGACCUUCCUGCAGCAGUUCUGAGUUAUUGUCAAGUAUGGAAAAUCUCUGCAAUUCUGUACUUAUGUUAUACCGAUGUGAUGAAAUUAGACCUAAUCACAGUUGAAGCUUUUAAGCCUGUACUUUCUUCCAGAAGCUUGAAAAGUUUGGUUAAGAAUAUUCCCCAGAGCACAGAGAUACUGAAGAAAUUGAUGACAACAAAUGAGAUUCAGAGUAACAUUUACACAUGAUUCCAGAGAUUGUUUUGUAGAGUAUAUUACCCAUCCAUUCCUAGAAGGGGAGCGGUGUGAACUGUUUUGUAGGUUACUUUUUUUCCAGGGAGGUAUUUUGAGGAUGUUAACAGAAUAAACUUAUUUUAAAUUCAUUGUAGUUUUUGUUCCUUUUUUAUGGUGGUACUGUUCACACCUGAAAUAAGUCAGACGUUUUUCCUUAUCCACUAGGUGGGAGUAUUGUUUUAUUUGAAUAUUUUAAGGUAAUAGAGUUAAAUUGUUCAAAAGCUACAGAUAACGACAGGUUUUAUAAUAUGGAAAAAUAUAUACUUUGGUGCAAAAAUUCUGUAUGAAACCUGAAAGUUGAUGAUCUAUUGGUGAUUCUUAUUAUUUGGAAAGGUUCUAUUUUAUGAGUUCUUCAGUUUUUUUGUGUGUGUGUGUGAAUAAAAAUCAGUUUACUCAAAGUGAAA